CUCUGCGGGAAGGCGCGUCGGAAAAAAAGGGGUUGCCCACCGCCGGUCUCCGACACAGUUCGCCAUGGACCGCUGGCCCUCGGUCGCCGACUGCCUCCGGGACUGGGGGGAGCUGCAGGACGGCUUCCAGCUCGUGCAGGAAACUCACAAGCAAUACAGACAGAAGCUGGAAGAACUGACAAAGCUGCAAGGCAGCAUCUCCAGCUCCAUUUCACGACAGAAAAAGCAACUGAAAGAGCUCUCUCUGACUCUCAGGAAGUGCAAAUCUCUUCCUGACAAGGAGCAGGAUGAAGAUGCUCUUGAAGAACUCCAAAACAUGAUCAAAGAGAGACAGGAUGUCUUUUUUGAAAUGGAAUCAUAUUUGCCAAAGAAGAACGGGUUGUACCUGAGUCUCGUGCUGGGAAAUGUGAAUGUCACUCUGCUGAGCAAGCAUGCCAAGGUAACUGAUGCUGUCUUCAAUUUUCUCCUGGUCUGGUAUUACUGCACGCUGACAAUUCGAGAGAGCAUCUUGAUCAACAAUGGUUCUAAGCUUUGUCCAGUUUCUUCAAUAUUAUUACCAGAGUGGCUGCCUGUAUCGUUUGAGGGCUCUGGGUGAACGACACACCAUGGAUCUCACUGUAGAAGGUUUCCAGUCUUGGAUGUGGAGAGGCCUCACUUUCCUGCUUCCAUUCCUCUUCUUUGGCCAAUUCUGGCAACUGUUCAAUGCCAUCACACUCUUCCAAUUGGCCAGGCAUCCAGAAUGCAAAGAAUGGCAGGUCCUGAUGUGUGCCCUCCCCUUCCUCACUCUCUUUACUGGCAACUUCUUCACCACAUUGCGAGUUGUUCAUCAGAAAUUCCAGAAUAAGACCAAGAAGGAAUGAGCCUUCAAGUGCCUGUCCCCCUUCCCGGCUAUCACUGUUGGUGGGAGCACUGCUACUCUGCUGAUGGAAGGAUCCACAGUACGCUGAGCGUUCUUCCUCCUCCUCCUCCUCUCUCCCUCCGUGUGAUUCUCUUGCAUACAGAUAUCAAUGAAGCCACGUCCAAAUAGUGCUUCUGCCACCAACAUGAGGCCUUGAGGCCUGCCUGCUGCCAAAAGGAACUCUGGAUUUAAAUCAGGUGUUGAGAUUCAAGGAUUAGGGUAAAGUACUGUAUGAGGAACUCAAGUGACUUGUGGAUACAACUCCCAGCUGACACCUGCACGGUUUUGGUACCCUUCCUCCAAAGCAGGGGGCUGAUAAUUCCCAGAGCCUGUCUGUCCAAACUGAGUGGCAAGAAAAGGAAUGGAGCAGGGUCAACCUAUGCCAUCUAAUGUUUAAUGCUGAGGACAUUAACUAUUAUUGGAAGCAGAUUAUAUGGGCAAAGAGUGUCCUCACUAUUUCUGCUGGGUUGAUUCUUUCCUCCCCAUCUUCAGAAAUGUUCCCCUAUCCUAGUUUUCUUCAUUACUACGUGUGAGUGAGCGGAGGGGAGAGUUUCUCAUCUGCACCUUCAAUACAGAGCCUGCUUUUCCCUCCUCGGUGUAUAUUUUAUGACAAAUCUGAGAUGAUAACCAGUGGCUGGUAGAUUAUUUUCAGCCCCCUUGUCGCAGUUCUCCUGGAGUUGCCUUCUCAGCUCUUGAGGGGCCAAAGACCCAGCACUGCUUCUACCCCUGUGCUCUUUUGGGGGGAAGAUGGAUUCACAAGCAACUAGGAUGCAUCUUGCCAGUGAAGUUGAAAAUAACCUUUAUUUAACAAUAGUUGGCCGAGCAAGAAGCAGCCGUGGUGGCAUUUGGCCUCCUCCGAUCUCAGUCCACAUUAUCAUUUGUGUGUCUUAAGUGUUAUAGUGGUUCUAAAAUUGGAAAAAGCUGGCCUGCA